AUGUUCGACGAUCUCUUCAAGUUACUACGCAGCCCACGUUGGGUCAGCUCACCCAUUGCGCGGCGCUUUGGCUUUGGCUCUGAGCUGUCAUACGAAGACGACGAGCUAGAAGAUACGCCGUCAAAUUGGAUUAAGAUUUCGACAUCCGGCCACCGGCCACCGGUACGCAGCGGUCAUUCGUCUGUAGUUGUCGGUGACACAAUGUAUGUGUUUGGAGGCUACAACGACGGAGACUGCCACAACGAUAUCUACUCGUUUGACCUAGUUCGUCACCAUUGGCGACACAUUAAGACGUCAAAUGGUAUCUUCCCCGACGGUCGUGCCUCCCACGCUUGGUGUACAUCAGCGGAUAAGACGAAACUGUACCUUUUCGGUGGAUCCGGGCCGCAUUGGGGACAAACAAACAUGGGUAAAUUGCUGGAGUUUAAUAUUUGCGACAAGAACUGGACAGUCAUCGAGGCAAAAGGCACACAACCACCGCCAGGAUACGGCCAGAGUCUUUGUGCUAUUAACAAGAAGCUGUAUCUCUUUGGAGGCACUUCUGGACAUGUAUACGUAAAUGACCUGUACGUUUUUGAUGAAGUGACGAAGGUUUGGAAUAAGGAAGAAACAGGCGGCAAGCGUCCCAGCCCGCGGUACAAGCACCAAGUUGCAACGAUCAGCAAUUGUAUGUACGUCAUUGGCGGUGGUCUUUACGAUCCACCUAAAGGACCAAUAGAGACGUAUUGUCUCGAUGUGGAUACUCUUGAAUGGCACGAUGUGGAGUGUGGUGGUGACGUUCCGCGGUCACGCAUCGCGCACACAAUUUCACAGCUGUCGAGCGACCCUUACCGGUUGAUCAUGUUUGGUGGACGCGACGAUAGUGGUUUGAGGCAAAACGAACUGAGUGAGCUGAAUUUGCGGACAGGUGAAUGGCGAAUUUACUACAAUGAGGAAAGCCAUCAGCCCGAUGCUCGUGACUUUCACACGAGCGUGUUUCAUAAUGGCCACAUUUUCGUAUUUGGUGGAUCGAAUGGCGUUGAGCGCAACAAUGAUGUUUUCCGCUACACGAUAACGCGUCAACCAUCUACAUUACUGAUCCUUGUAAUGCAUGCUUUGCACCGAAAUAUGGAACACAUCGCGAAGGAGGAUUUGAAAGCGCUUCCACAUGAGCUUAAGAUUGGCUUGGAGCAAAUAAAUUCCAAUGUGGAGUGCUCUUACAACCCUACGUGGUAUGUUACCGAAGACUAA